AUGAAAGCACAUCCCCGGGGGCCAGCAAUGUUCUUCUCUGAUGGUUCUACCUUACUUAGAUCUAUAAAAGAUGAGAAUAUCCGUGGAACCUGGACAUCACAACUUCUUGACACAUCGGUAACAAGCUUCAAUUCGCAACUAUCACGUGCACAUUUCGAAAAACAUCCACCGAACAAUUUGAGAAAAUCGAAUUUUUUUCAUUUCGUGAUUGCCUUAUAUGAUCGUUCUAAUCAGCCAAUCGAAAUUGAGCGAACUCAGUUUGCUGGAUUUGUUGAAGGCGAAAAAGAAGUAGAAGGUCAAGAUACAAAGAAUGGUAUUCACUAUAAGUUAGGUCUUCUAUUCCAUAAUGGUGUCAGAAGCGAGCAAGAUCUUUACGUUCGAUUAAUUGAUAGCGUAUCAAAACAGGCAAUAACUUAUGAAGGGCAGGAUAAAAAUCCAGAAAUGUGUCGGGUCUUACUCACUCAUGAAGUGAUGUGUAGUCGAUGUUGUGAAAAGAAAAGCUGUGGUAAUAGAAAUGAGACACCCAGUGAUCCAGUGAUUAUUGACAGAUAUUUUCUUAAGUUCUUUCUCAAAUGUAAUCAGAAUUGCUUGAAGAAUGCUGGAAAUCCCAGAGACAUGCGCAGAUUCCAGGUUGUUUUGAGUGCAUCUGUUAACAUCGAUGGACCUUUGUUGGCUGUUUCCGAAAACAUGUUUGUACAUAACAACUCCAAGCAUGGACGUCGAACUAAGCGUACAGACGCUAAUGAAGAGUUUCAAGAUGCUGGUGACGUAACAAUAGGAUCUACCCCAAUCAUUAAAGCUGUCUGCCCUUCUGAAGGGUGGAUUCAGGGAGGAACUCAAGUUAUCGUUAUUGGAGAAAACUUUUUCGAGGGGUUACAAGUAUCUUUUGGAGUUACAUCAGUUUGGAGUGAAUUUAUUUCUCCCCAUGCAAUGAGAGUUACAACCCCCGCACGCCAUUCAGCGGGAGUCGUAGAAGUUACUCUUUCUUAUAAAAGCAAGCAAUUCAACAGAUCUACACCUAUCCGUUUCGCUUAUACAUCUUUGACUGAACCUAACAUCGAUUUCGGAUUCCAACGUCUUCAGAAAUUGCUUCCCAAAUAUCCAGGUGAUCCAGAACGUCUUCCAAAGGAACAAAUACUCAAACGAGCUGCUGAGCUAGCGGAAGCUUUGUAUAAUAGUAGUUCUCGUAAUCCCGCAGAUCAACUGUCUCAUUACGCAUCGGCUGCAUAUGCCGGAUUCAGCGAGCCAACAACAGAUUAUACCUCCCGCGUUCAUUCAACUUCGCGCGCACUUGCAUAUGGUACAGGACAACAUACAUUAUCAUGGAAUAGUUGGAUCAAUUACUCACAUAGUUAA